GAUAAUUUGGCCAGAGCACAGGCCUUUCAGCUCUUGAAGUCUCAGAGACUCACAGCUGACUCUGGUCCUGUCUCAGGGACUGACCAUUUUAAAAGUGCUUUAAACAUUUCAAACCAAACCAAACUGUAUCUGACGGCCAUGUUGUCACAAGUUUCCUCAUUGUCCCAUGAACAAAUCGCAACAUUUCUCUGCGUGCCUUACACCACUAGUCAGCUCGUGUCAAAGUUUAAGGAAAUGAGAAAUGCCGAAUUGAAUGCGCCAAAGCAGACAAAUCAAGGGAUCAAAUUUAAAAAAGGUGAGGUAAUAACUUUAGAUGAAGAUGACGCAAAGGACACACCAGCUGACACAGUCGAGUCUUUUGUCAUAUUAGACAGUGACGAGGAACAACAGAAUGGAACCGAUGAAGUAAUUAAGGGGAAAGCUGUUGAUUCACACUGGAACGAAUAUGAUGGGGGAGAUGUUGAAUUUUGGAGCUCUGCAAGUCCUUCGCAGACCACUGUAAAUAAAUCUGGCAAAGACAGGGCUGUUGGCGAACCUAAGACGGAAACUGAAAUUAUUGCAGAUAAAGAUCAUUCUAAUGGAAAGGUUGCUGAUAAAGAUAAUUCUAAUGGAAUGGUUGCUGAUAAAGAUAAUUCUAAUAGAAAGGUUGCUGAUAAAGAUAAUUCUAAUGGAAAGGCUGCUGAUAAAGAUAAUUCUAAUGGAAAGGCACUGGUGAGUGAGAUAAGUGUUGCAGUCUGUGAGGUUGAAGCUCAGGGGAAAGAUUUCAAGAACAUUGGUGAAAAGAAGGAAGAUUCUAUCAAAUCUGGGCAUUCUCUUGCUGAAGAUGCAAAAGAAAGUAAUUUAAAUUUAGAUCAAAGAGAUUCUAUCAAAUCUGGGCAUUCUCUUGCUGAAGAUGCAAAAGAAAGUAAUUUAAAUUUAGAUCAAAGAGAUUCAGUCAUUAUUAAUACAAAAGAAACUGAUAAAAGUUCAGAUGUUGAAAUAGCUAUGAACCCAAAAGUAACUGAUGGAAGCUCAGAGGAUACAGAAGUAGCUAUGAACCCAAAAGUAACUGAUGGAAGCUCAGAGGAUAUGGAAGUAGCUAUGAACCCAAAAGUAACUGAUGGAAGCUCAGAAGAUAAGGAAAUAGCUAUGAACCCAAAAGAAUCUGAUAAAAGUUUUGAGGAUACAGAAGUAGCUAUUAGCCCAAAAGAAACUGUUAAAAGUUUAGAGGAUAAGGAAAUAGCUAUGAACCCAAAAAAAACUGAUACAAGUUUAAAGCAUACGGAAAAAGCUAUGAACUCAAAAGUAACUGAUGGAAGCUUAGAGGAAAAGGAAAUGAUUAUGAACCUAAAAGAAUCCCAACAUGAAAAGAAGCUGUCGUCGCCCUGUGUUACACCAAUGCUGUGCAGUGAUGAGAGCUCUAACGAUAGUGACGAUGUCAUUUGUAUAGAAUCGGAAUCUGCAGAACCCAAAAAACUACAGAAAUAUCUGUCCCUUCCUGCAAGUGGUGACCCUGUAGUUACGAGGUCUGUGACAUUUAUGAGUAACAACACCAGUGAACCACAGUACGUUUCUGCCAAAGUGGGUUUCACCAACUGGGGACCUCUCUUGCAUUUCAACUUCACAGGUGACCCAUCACAUUUGCCCACAGCCAUGUUUGUGGCAGAAGGAAGAAGCUCAGCUGAAAACGCUGAAGCCCAGAAGCCAACGGCUUAUGUUCGAUUGUAUCCACCUGUUCAGUCAUUGAUCCCAAAGCCCAAUUCCAGAGGUGUCACCAUCAGGCAACGACUCAAAGAACUACCGUGUCUGAGCACGGCUUACCUCAAGGUUACUACGCGGCCGGGCCAGAGCUGGGGCCAACCUUCUUCAAGUGGGGUGAAACAAAGACAACAGCCAUCGGGUCAAACAUUAUUUCCAACACAAGCCACAUGUUGGGCUCGGCCACAAAACUCUGGAAAGAUUAGCAUAUCCUUAAAUAACAGCGAAGGUCUUUCUCAAUCAACACAUUUUCCCCCCUGUGGUUUUUCCAAAAUUAACUUUUUGGAAUUACAGUCAUAUCUUUGUUUAUAUCAGUGUAGAUCAGAACCAGCUGAACCCAACACACACAGAAGCACACCAUCAGAACCAGCUGAACCCAACGCAUACAAAAGCAAACCAUCAGAACCAGCUGAACCCAAUGCACACAAAAGCACACCUUCAGAACCAGCUGAACCCAACGCACACAAAAGCACACCAUCAGAACCAGCUGAACCCAAUGUACACAGAAGCACACCAUCAGAACCAGCUGUACCCAAUGCACACAGAAGCACAUCAUCAGAACCAGGUCAACCCAACGCCGCACACAGAAACACACCAUCAGAUCUACCUGAACCAAACACACAUAUAAAUUGUAUUCCUCAAAUGAAGCUACAAGAUUUUUCAGAUACUGUACAAAAAAUAGUUUCCCUUCUAAAACCAGAUUCUAUGGACACAGACAAAGAUAUAAAAAAUUUCAUCAGUACAGAAGAAUGCCAUCAAGGGACUUUAGAUGCUUUAAGCUCUGACUUUCACAUGACAUUGUCAGAACUGGUCUCUAGAAUGGGCUCUUCCGCUGACACGGAGCUGGCCUGGUUGGGCCAUUUGUUGUCGAAACCCGAGUCACGCACCGAUGGUCCUAAACAAAUCCUUCCUGACUCUCUGAACAAAUUAACAUCAUUUCAGUUACAGCUGCUUAAGAAUCGUUACUGGUUUUUGAACAGUCACUUGAAUAGUGAGCGAAAACAGAUCUUGGUCAAUCUGGAUGACUGUGAAAAGAAGGAUGAAGUUGCUGAGAGAUGGGCAAAAGAGGAUAGUAGGAUUACAGGGACAAGUCAUGAUACCAGAUCAGAGAACAGUGGACAAUCACAUGAGGACAUGUCCGACAGUGCUGUGGGAGUUGAGGUUGAUCUUCGAGAAAAAAUAUUAAAAAGGCAGAAAGAUCAUUCAGACCAGGAAAAUGAGCCUAAGGGGAAGAAACUCAAGCCAGACGAAAGUGCAGCAGAAUCCACCAGCACAGACUACUGUGCCGAUCUGAGACCAAACCCCCCAGUAACUGACAACACGUCACUAGGAUUCACUAAUGAAAGUGCUCUGAGCACCUCGAGAGAGAAGACUCAUCAGCAUGAUGCCAAGUGCUUGGGGAAAUUUUCUGAAAAAGAGGAUGCAGUGAUGGAGGUCAAUAGUUCAGAAAAAGCAUGCAUGAAAAGAAAUUCAUCAGAAAGUUCAGAGUGUAAUAUUUGCAGCCAGACGAAAGGAGAGUGUUCAAAACCUCAUUCUGGUCUUUUUAAAGAAAGUGAAAUUAACAAUUCUGCAUUAAAUGAAAGCUGUAUAAUAUUGGACAGUUCUGCAAUGAAUGAAAGCUGUGUAAUAUUGGACAAUAGUUUUGAGAACGGUGCAAACCAUGUUGUCUCAGUGCCUAACAGUUCUGUUUCAGAGAGCUGUUUAACGGACGGAAAUCAAAUAAAAAUCUUAGAAACUGGUGGCUGUAAACAAACGACCAAUCCAGCAGUUGAAAAACCAGAAAAAGUUCCUGUGCAAAAUGAAGAUAUGAAAGAAAGUCUCCAUAUUUGUAUCAGCAGCAGCUCAGAUGAAGAUGGAAGUAAAUCUCAUCGUGACAGAAGUCGUGCGGAAAAUUUUCACCCUUACAGUGUAGUAGAUGAUGCACAGCCUGAUGCUUUGAUCAUGGACAACACAUCUGAUGGUGAUGAGAGUGCUGAUGAAAGGUGGAAACAUAAGCAAAGGUGGCAGCCUUGUCUGAAGAAAGACCCCUAUCCUGCUAAAGAAAGUUUGCAUCUAAUGUUGGAAGAGGUAAGUUCAGAGUUCAUUGUUGGGUCACAGUACUCCCGUAGCAUAGGCUGACUUCAGAGUCAGGGCUGUCUCCUUGUUCUCUUAAUGAUUUUUAUGCAUGGUAUGGUAUGACCUAAUAUUAACCUUAAUUCGAGCAAGUUAGCUGGUUCUUUAACCUUGAUGUUUUGUCACCAAAGUUCUUGGAAAUAUUUUAAUAUUUUGCCAUAAUAUGAAAGAAAUAUUUAAGUGUUUCCAUAUGUGUCUUUGAUAAUGAAAUUUUUAGAUGCAGUUUUCAGUAGCUUUUUUUAUUUGUAAAAUUUAACCCUAGCUCUUUUUAUUUCAUAGUUAAAAUGGAACAUUAUGAGUGAUUGGACUUUAUAACAUGAAUGUUACUGAAUUUUUCAGUGAAAGCUUUAAAAAAAAAAUCAACAGAUUUUACAUUUAUGCUAAUAGUUUUUUUUAAUUUUAUUAGUCUCAGAAAUAUGAAAUACUUAACAUUUAAUGAUAAGAAAGAUAUGAUCCUGAAAAUGGGUCAGUGUGUGGAUGAAGUCUAGGCCCAAGACAUUUAGGUUGUACAAAAAUCAAAACCUGUGUUAUCGAACAGAGCUGGGGACGACAUUAACGUGUGGAUGAAGUCUAGGCCCAAGGCAUUUGGGUUGUACAAAAAUCAAAACCUGUAUCAUCGAACAGAGCUUGACGACAUAAACAUUUUGACCUCCUACCGAAGUUUUAAUUGUUAUUUAAUUGUAAACAGAUCUUGCAUGAUAGUAACCUUUCCUUAUGUUGUAGAUGCUGCUAUUUUAAACAGAUAUUAAAAAUUUUUUUUUUUUCUAAAUCAAUAAAUGUUAUUUAUACAUUAAAUUCUCUAGUUAUCAUUUUACUCUAAAAGCUUGCCCUCUAUUUAAAAGCUUGCUUUGUCAUGAUUUGACAUUCAAAUAUCAGCCUUGUUUGUUUAUAAGCUAUUUAAAUAAACUUACAAAUGAAAACUGUUAAGUUUGGUAGGCCCUUUAAAAAAAAAAGGUACUAUUAUCCAUGUUACAUGCUUUUUUUUUUCUUCUUUUUUUUGUGUUAAAUAUUACUCUACCUUUAAUUUUGUAUCAGUAAAUGAUUUUAAAAAAUUGUUUAAAAAAGUAGUCAGAAUCCUUAGAUUGCAGCCUGUCUGGCACAGAACUUAAGCUUUUGAAAAACCCGGUAAGUUGAUAUAACAAACAAUUACGUGAUCAUAGUUUUGUUAUGUUAUUCAAAAUGCUCCUUAUUUCUACAGGCAUUCUUCUUAUCUUAUGGCCUCGGAUGUUUACGAAUUUUGGAUCCUGAAAUGGUAAGUUAUAAAUGUAUUGAACACUGAAAGUUUCAUCAACUGAAUGUUAAAGUUAUAGAUAUUGUGCUUUUUAAUAAAAAAAUAACAGUGUUUAUUAUUGGGAUUUUUUUCCAUACAGCUUACAAUUGGACAAACAGAUGUUUUAUUUUUUUCACACAUUUUGGGAAAAUUUGCAAACAUUUAAAAUGAUUUUGCGUUUAAAUGAUUUUAUGUCUCCAGUUUUUCAUAUUGAUAUGAUUACUUUGUUUAUUACAGAAGGUGUUAAGUCUGACAGAAAUGUGGCAAAAGUUUCAGAUCCUAAAAGAUGAGUUCAUCCCUCACUAUGUCGCCUAUCACUAUUUUCGUAGCAAAGGUUGGGUGCCCAAAUCAGGGCUCAAAUUUGGAUGUGAUUUAAGUAAGUUUUUUAAUAAUUUUCUUUUUUUUUUCUUGGAGGUAUAGACCUUUGUAAUAUUAGUGCUUCCUUUUCUUAUCAUGAAGUGGCUCUUUCUGUGUGGCCCACAUGCGUCCAUGGCAGGGGUUGGCAACAUGCAGCCCGCUGAAAUGUUUAACGUGGCCUACGUUACCUUCUAGUAACUGGAAAAAAUUUGUUGUUUAAUAUUAAAAUUCACAACGCUUAUCUUUAAUAGCCUUGAAAAUUACAGUAUAAAUUUGUUUAACUAGCUAAUUAUCAAAUUGAAGUGGUAUUGAAUUUUCCAAGCCCAUCUAUAUGGUGUUUUUUUAAAAUAGAUCCAUAAUUCUUUGAAAAAUCUGACCGAGCCAGCAAGUCCAAGAUUUGCAUAAGCCAAAAUAAGUGUCAUGAUAUUUCCAAGUUCUAUUCAUGAGCACAUGCAAGCAUCUUGCCUCACCUUGGCUCAAUACUUAUAAUGCAAAGAUUUUUGAAGUGUAACCAGCUUUUUAUUUCAUUUACCUAAUGAAAGUUGAGUUUUUAAUAAAUUUAUGUUAAGAGAAUCAGGGCCUCAACAUUGACUUGACAUCAAAAUAAAAAAAUUAAAAAAAAUGUUCAAUGCUUUUUAAACUAAUGUGUCAGGAGAUGGUGGCUGUUUUAAAAGUAUGUGAGUGAAAUUGAAUUAAACCACGAGCUGAUGACUUGUAGAGAAAUCUAAAACAGGAACUGAGGCUUUGCCAUCCCUGGAGCAUUUGAAUGAAACUACAACUGAACAAGGGAUAUUUGUAAUUAUUAGUAAAUGCUCUGACAGGAUUGAACUAAAACUGAAUAAACUUACCAGUGUAACUACCGCUAAAAAUCUGGGUCUGAUCAGGAACAGUGAAUGAUGAAGUGAAAACUGUACAUCCUGGUUCCAUCCUACUACCAUUUGAUUUUAUCAUGCAAUACGAAGGUUUGUGUAAAGCUGUUAUUGAUUACCACCACGUUGUUAACCCCGUUGUCAGAGAUGUGAAUGCAACUAAAGCUCUGGGACAUUCAUCUGUAGUGAAGCAAUGUUUGGAUGCAAUUAUUUUGUUGUUUUUUAAAAAGGCCCUUACAUGAAAAUAAUAAGCUCAACAUAUAAAUUUGAUUAUUAUGAGUACAUGUUUUUACUUUUGUAUUUGAAACACUUUAGCACCCAUUUAAAAUCAGGGGGGGGGGGGUAUGGGGGGGAAAAGUGGGGAGGAAGCUGAACCCCCCCUCCUCCAAAAAUGUUUGUUAAAUUCAAAAUGAAAGGAUCCAUUUUGGCUUAUCCUUGAAUUUAUAAUUUUUUAACAUGAAAAUAAUAAGCUCAACAUAUAAAUUUGAUUAUUAUGAGUACAUGUUUUUACUUUUGUAUUUGAAACACUUUAGCACCCAUUUAAAAUCAGGGGGGGGGGGUAUGGGGGGGAAAAGUGGGGAGGAAGCUGAACCCCACCUCCUCCAAAAAUGUUUGAUAAAUUCAAAAUGAAAGGAUCCAUUUUGGCAUAUACUUGAAUUUAUAAUUUUUUUUAUCAUACUUCCUAGAAGAGAUGCUAGUUGAAAAUUAGGUUCCCUGGCCUAAAUGUGAUUAUAACAAAAACCCAACUUUCUUUUUAGCUAGUGGUUUCUUAUUUUUAUUUAAACUAUUUUUUUUUAAAAACUACUUCAUUAAUAAAAUAAUUGUUUAAAACUUAGUCAUCGAAAAAAUGCAUCCUGUAAUUCCACCAACUUUGUGAGAGCCCCGGGUACAAGAUGCACAUUUGAUCUUGGCGUUAUAGCGCUAAGAUUCCCAGAAAGUUAUUAUGUCACCCGCCAAAAAGUUUUAAUUACCAUGUGGCCUCCUGCACAAAAUGUUGCCCACCCCUAGUACAUGGUGUGUCCCAAAAAAUGUAUGCCACGUAAGCAACAGGGUAUACACCAUUGUAGGUUGACGACCUUUUACAUUUUAGUUUGUGUUUUGAACCUAAUUUCAAAAUUAUUCCGGCAAAAUUUGUGUUCUGUAGCUUUUCGCACUAUUUAACACCUUUAUUAAUAGGCUGCAGCCAAAACCUUCUGCAGUUGAAGCCAUCUACUGCAAAGUCCUCCGAUCAGCUUGUAUUGCAGGUGGUUGCCUUAGCUUGGCUAAGUUAUAAAAAUAAAGUCUUUUAACAUCGCCCAUGUUCUUAAAUGUAUUUCAAACCUUUGUAUUCUUCAGUUCUCUACAAGGAAGGACCUCCGUUCUUUCAUGGCAGUUAUUCUGUCAUUGUGAGCUCAGUGAAAGAGAAAAGUGUUCUCCCAUGCACCAGGAGCGAUGGAUUUAACUUUGACCAGAGGCAAGCCAACUGGAUCUACCUGGCAGGUGUUAAUCGUAUCACGGAACAAGUGGCCAAGGUUCGCACCUCUUGUAACUAUAUGUGGGGAGCCGCCUCCUUUUCCUGUCUUUACUCAACUCAUUCAAAACACUGAUAAGUAAAUAACAGGAUGAUUACAUUUUUUUCCAAUAAUUACCGUUUUGAUUUACUUGUAAGACCUACACUUGACCUGACCAUGGCCAUUACUUUAUAAAUGAAAAUGCAAAUACUUUUUUUUUUAUACAAGUUGUUUGACAGGUUCAUCUUGAAAGUAUCUAUCCUCUUGUGUUGUUUAUUUCAGAAUUUAAUGAUGUGUUACGUUAUUUG